AUGCUUUUCAUACCUCAAAAAAAUAAGGUAACUCGAAGAACUUCAGCGUUCAAGGGUGAAUGGUUGACAGUGAAAAACGGCUUUCUGUACUGUGGCGGGCAUGGAAAAGAAGCAACUACACCAACAGGAGCAUUCCGUGACAGUAAUUCAAUGUAUGUGAAGCGAAUAUCUCAUGAUGGUGUCGUUGAAAGUGAGAAUUGGGUUCAACGGUACAUAGCUUUGAGGGCUGCGAUACAGAUACGUUACCCGGGAUACGUUAUUCAUGAAGCAGUACAAUGGUCGGAUAGGUGGUUCUUCUUGCCUCGACAUUUGUCGAAACUCGCUUACAACCCUGACACCGUGGAAGAGACCGGAGCGAAUGUGCUUCUUUCAGCCAGUGAGGACUUUACGGACUUUACCGCUGUAAUGGUUGGACAUGAAGUUCACACGAGAGGAUUUAGCGCUUUUCAGUUCGUCCAAGGCACGAACGACACCAUAAUAGUUGCGGUGAAAUCUCAGGAACUUGGACAGCUACCGUUUUCCUCGUAUAUGAUGGUAUUCACGAUCUAUGGUCGUAUAAUAAUGGACGAAACGCUGGUACCUGGGCAAAUUAAGUAUGAAGGCAUAGAGUUCCUCAAUAAAGAGGAAUUGGAACACUUCGUUGCCUAUCCGCCUAUGUUCGCCUAA